AUGAAAUCAGUCAAUUUACUUGUUUUAGGAUCUGCAGCUGUCGGUAAAUCAAAUCUCAGUCUUCGUUUUACUCAAAAUUGCUUCGAAGAAGAGUACGAACCAACAAUUCAAAACAUCUUUCAAAAAGCUAUAACAUUAGAUAGACAUACAUAUCAAUUGGAUAUUACAGAUACAGCUGGCAUGGAAACAGGCGAUGUUAUGAGACCAGUUCUGUUUAAAUCUGCUGAUAUUUUUAUUUUAGUUUAUGAUGUAUGCGAUAAAACAACAUUCGAGCAUAUCGAAGGACUUCACGAGGAUAUAAUUAGAAUUAGAAGAUUGGAAGCACCAGUACCUUGCAUGAUUUUAGCUAAUAAGGUUGAUAAGGUUGAUGAGCGUGAAGUUUCAACAGAGGAAGGUCAGAAGGCAGCAAAAUCUAUGAAUGCGGCAUACUACGAAACAUCAGCUAAAACUGGGCAGGGCGUACAAGAAGGCUUUGAACAGGCAGUUCGCGAAUUCUUGAAAACUAAGCCACAAGAAAAACCAUCUAAGCGCUGCUUGCUACUUUAA